CUCAGUGAGCUGUAGGCUGAAGCCGCAGCAAAUAUCUCCCCCCUUCCACAACUUUCCCAUCAUUUCCCACCCAGUUCCUCUAAUUUUGGCUUGUGUUUUCCACCAUGAUCUGGCUGGUAUGGCUUUGCUGUCGUCUCUCAGCCGUUUCUGCACAGCAAGAUCCUGAACUCCUAGCCAGGGACCUAGAAGAAGCUGAGAUUUUGGAUUACGACCUCAUUGACAAUGUUGCUCGAAGAGUCCCAAGGCAUAACCGGUUUCUGCAGAGAUUGGAGACCAGGCCCCGGAUGUCUGAAUUCUCGGUGAGAUCCACAAUCAUUUCUCGCUAUGCAUUUACGACCGUCUCCUGCACUUUGGUGAACAGUGGCUCGGAGCCUAGGGAGGGCCAGUUUGAGACGCAGAUACCCAUCACAGCCUUCAUCUCCAAUUUUACCAUGGUCAUCGGUGAGAGGGUUUACCACGGGGAAGUAAUCGGGAAGGACCAGAAGUAUGGGGGCACGGACAGAAAGAACAGAUAUUCGAGACCCACAGAUAACGGGGAACACAGAGUUGAGACAUUCAAAGCCUCCGGAACAAUUCCCCGGAAAACGGAAGCCGUCUUCCUGCUGCACUAUGAGGAGCUUUUGCAGAGAAGGUUGGGGAAGUAUCAGUACACGGUCAGCAUCCGGCCUCAGCAGCUGGUAGGAAAGCUACGGGUGGAGGUGAACAUCCUUGAAAAUUCAGGCAUCGUCUCUCUGGAAGUCCUGCCUCUCCAAAACAGGAAGAGCAGGGGCAAUGGGAGCAGCGAAGAUGACAUCUCCCCGCCACCCUCGACGGUGGUUGGCCAGACAAAAACUUUAGCCAAGGUGACCUUCAGCCCCAACGUUGUCCAGCAAUCAAAGAUCGCACGGAAUGGCGUCCUGGGAGAUUUUGUUGUCAGAUACGACGUCAACAGGGAGCUGAGUGUUGGAGAUGUCCAGGUUUUGAAUGGAUACUUUGUGCACUAUUUUGCCCCCAAGGACCUCCCUCCAUUGCCGAAGAACGUGGUGUUUGUGCUCGACAGCAGUGCCUCCAUGGUGGGAACCAAGCUGAGGCAGACCAAAGAUGCCCUCUUCACUAUUCUCCAGGAUUUAAGGCCUGAGGAUCACUUCAAUAUUAUUGGCUUCUCCAAUCGAAUCAAAGUCUGGCAACAAGACCAGCUGGUGCCUGUGACUCUCAACAACAUAAGAGAUGCCAAGAUCUACAUCCAUAACAUGUCACCUACUGGAGGCACAAACAUAAAUGGGGCCCUUCAAAUCAGCACGCAGAUCCUCAAUGACUACAUCACCCAGAACGACAUCGAAGCUCGGAGCGUCUCCUUGAUCAUCUUCCUGACGGACGGGCGGCCGACGGUUGGAGAGACGCAGUCCGCCAAGAUCGUCAGCAACACCAAAGAGGCCAUCCGCAACAGGUUCUGCCUCUUCACCAUCGGCAUCGGCAACGACGUGGACUACCAACUAUUGGAGAGGCUGGCGCUGGAGAAUUGCGGGAUGACGCGGCGGAUACAGGAAGACGAGGAUGCUGCCGCGCAGCUGAAAGGAUUCUAUGACGAGAUCGGGACGCCUCUUCUUUCCGACAUCCGGAUCGAUUACCCUACGGACAGCGUGGAGCAAGUGACCCAGAACCUGUUCCCCAACUACUUCAAUGGCUCUGAAAUUGUCAUCGCCGGGAAGCUCUUCAACAAGACAGCCGACCGCUUACAUGUGGAGGUGACAGCCAGCAACAGCGACAAGUAUGUCCUCUUGAAAACGGACGUGGCCGUAGACCUCUCUGGCAAAAACCACGUUGGACUGGCCUCCAGUGGUGCCCAAGACCCCACGGAUGAUCAGAACUACGUCGAACGGACUUGGAGCUACCUCACCAUCAAGGAGCUGAUGACCUCCUGGCUGAAAAGCGACGACAGUGAGGAGAAGGAGACGUUGAGGGAGAGAGCCGAGAAGCUGGCCCUCGCGUACAAUUUCGUCACCCCCUUCACCACGCUGAAGAUGAAGGAGCUUGCGAGCCAGGCGGACCUCCCAAAGGAGGUUUACACCGGCCCAUCAACCGAAGGAGUUGGGGAGAUCGUACAGGGACUUCAAGGUCACCGGGCACCAUCAGGGCCUGUUGUUGCAAAGCCAGCGAAACAAAAAGUUGAAGUCACUAAAACGUCAGCGGAUGGGGACCCUCAUUUUGUCGUCGAUUUCCCCUUGAGCAAGCUAACGGUCUGCUUCAACAUUGAUGGGGAGCCAGGAGACAUCCUCAGAUUGGUUUCCGACCAUAAGAACUCUGGUGUGACUGUGAAUGGCCAGCUGGUGGGAGCCCCUGCCCCUCGUAGAGGCCAUAAGAAGCAAAGAACCUACUUCAGAAGCAUCACCAUUCUCAGCAACAAACCAGAAAGGUCCUACCUGGAGGUCACUCCCACGAAGGUCAUCAUUGAUGAUGGGAAGAGGCUCAUCCUGCCUUGCGACCGCAGCGCCACGGUAGCAAGCAGGAACCUCGAGGUGUCCAUUGCGGCUCGUUCCAACGUCACCGUGGCCAUAAGGGGCAACGUCGGUUUCGUUGUUCUGAUCCACCACUACAAGAACCCCGCUCCCUACCAAAAGGAUCAUCUGGGCUUCUACAUCUCCAACAGCCAAGGCCUUUCCCCAAGCUCCCAUGGGCUGAUCGGCCAGUUCUUACACCAAAACGUUAAGCUCACUACCCAAAAGCCUCUUGGGGAGAGACACCAAAUGUCCAGUGGGAAUCUAACGAAAAGCAUGGACAUAAAUGCUGGGAACGCAUUAGAGCUGAAAGGGCGCUUGAUUCCCGUCGUAUGGAAGCAGAGGAAGAUCUACAAUGGCGAGCAGGAAGUGGACUGCUGGUUUGCCAAGAACAACGCAGAGAAACUGAUCGAUGGGGCCUAUAAGGAUUACUUGGCUUCUCACCCUUUUGACACAGGGACUAGCUCCUUGAUGGAAAACUGACUUUGAGGAGAAAAACAACCCCACUUGCUUUUUGACACAUAGGAAGCCAUCCGGUCCCGAGGCGAUUCCUGCACUUUGACAGCGUUUUGUAAAGCCAAAGAAAUUCGAGAUUAGUUUCAAAAGGAAUUCCAUUUACACAAGACAGCUGCCUGCUCCCUGGUUCACUAAAGGACAUUUCCCCGAGUGACUAUAAUAAGGUCUAAUGUGGACUUUUAAAAAAGAAAGGAACAAUAAAAGAUUGCGAAUAUUGUCCGCGGUGCCCGUAAUACAGGAAAUAGCUUACAGAAUGUGGGCUAUUUCAAUUGAAUGAACAAUUUUUAAAAGUGCAUAUUUUUACACUCCACAGUUCUGGUGCUACAUUUUCAUUGAGUCUGAAAGGUCACAAACCAGCCCAAAUGAAGCACUUUUAAUAGAUCCCAUUGAUUUCAUCAAGCAAGGUUAAUUUCUCCCUUGAGAUCAAUGGGAUUUAAAUGCCCUUCGCUUCAAUUGAAUCAUAUCUAUCACAAUCAAACCGGCAGGGAGAGUGUCUUCCUGUGUUAGCAUGCAGAAGGUUCCCAGUCCAAUCCCCAACCAUGUCCAGAUAUGGCUGGGAAUGUCUCCCUGUCUGAAACCCUAGAGAGUUGCUGCCAGUCCGUGUAAGCACUACUGAGCUAGAUGGACCAAUGGUCUGACUUACUAUAAGGCAGUUUUCCAUGUUGUAGUUAAGAAUAAGAAUGCAAGUCCAUGCACAGCUCAAUUUAUACCGUCUUCUUCUUCUUCUUUGGCGAUCACUCGUAGCCGAGUAAGAUUGUCUUCCAUAAACACGGUUUUAACAGUGAGUCCGUAAGUGACUGUGGAGGCCAAUUCUGGAUCCACACGUACUUUCACAGUGUGGACAUUCAUGUAGAUGCAGGCAACAGAAAGCUCCUUUCAAGUGUCUCCUUUGUCUCAGAACAGAACAACAUUUUUGGUAGCGUGGUUUCCAAAUCUGUUGCCCUCCAGUUAGUAACUUUCUUGUGAAAAGAGGCUUCUAUUUUCCUGCCUCAUUCCUCAGGGCACUUUAGAAUUUUCCCCCACGUGGUGCUUUGAAUUUAUCUUAUUAUUUAUCUUAUUAUAAACUCCCUUCUCCAGUGCUGUGCAGCCUCCCUGGCUGCCUGAACUUGUUGAUCUGUGAACGCUCCAGGGGAGGAGUUACCUCUUGCUGUGUUCCCCUAGGCCAGGCACCCCCAAACUCGGCCCUCCAGAUGUUUUGGGACUACAGCUCCCAUCAUCCCUAGCUAACAGGAUCGGUGCUCAGGGAUGGUGGGAAUUGUAGUCCCAAAACAUUUGGAGGGCUGAGUUUGGGGAUGCCUGCCCUAGGCUUUCCUUGAAAGGUGGGCAGCUGGGGAGGCUGACGAAUGCCGACCACUGAUGGGAUGAUUUGCAGAACGAAACAAUGGUACACUCACAAAAAAAAUCACUUACCUCAAAAUGAUGGUAAGAUCAAUACUUCCCCUGACCCCUCCCUAUAAUAAUCCCACUGGAUUUUUCUCUCCUUUGAUAAUUCUGCAGUGCAAUUUCUUUUAUCAUUAAUUGAGGAAGAUUUUUGUUGUUAAAAGAAAAAAAAGUGGGAGACUAGAUUUAGGAAAGUGUUUGUGUAAUACCCUUACAAAUCUCUUUGUGAUGUCUGUCAAUAUAUUAAUUCAAUUUUACUGAGGCUAAAACAGGAAAUGCAGCCCCACAAAACACAUUGAGUCGACCUCAUCCCGACAUUCCAGGUUCCAAUCUAUUGUUUGAUUGUGCAGUGUGCACACCUCUGAAGAUCUGAUAUGCUGUGUAUCCACAGGUCCAGUUGAAACCAGCACUUAGCCUCCAGUCCUCCUUGGAAAACAGACUCACCCCAACGACAUGUGAAUAAUAAAGGAAAGGUUGUCUCUGACAA